UUGAUUUUCCAUCAAUGAAAGUAUUUCAUCAUGAUCUCAAUCAAGCAUAUACAACAGGCCAACUAUUAUAUGAUGACAACACUCUUCUACGUUAUCUUGAUUAUGCUGUUAUUGAACAACAAAUGUCAAUGACUGGUGCAAGUAUGUUUUGGCUUGAUGCUCUUCAUGAUUGUAAACUUGAUCAACCUUUGCCACUACCAUAUGAUCGACACCGUCUCUCAAAUGAACAUCGAAGUGGUCGUGGAACAACUAUUUCAUUUGAUUUUGGUCAAGAUCUUUCACAUGACUUUCUUAUUCAUGCAUCUUCAAAUAACAUAUCACUGGAAUAUCUUGCACUUGCCACUUAUUAUGUGUUUUUAUUCAAAUUAACAAAUGGUGAAAAAGAUUUAUGCAUUGGAAUAAAUACACAUGGUCGAUAUAGAGAUGAAUUUAACUCUAUCGUUGGAAUGUUUGUGAAUGCUAUACCUUUGCGAUGCGUGCUCGAUCCUCAUUUAUCAUUUGAUAAAAUCACCAAGCAAGUUCAAGAUAAUAUGAUGAAUUGUAUUAAAUAUUCAUAUUUUCCACUUCAACAUAUUCUCAAUCAACAUCCAAAUAUGUCAAAUCCUGUAUUUCUUGAUACAUCAUUUGAAUUUAUAUCAUCUGUGAGAAGAGAUGAGAAGAAUGAAAUAAUGAUUGGUGAUAGUCGAUUAUCUUUAUUACCUUAUUCAAUUAAGAUUAGUGAAGAUGAAAUAAUGAGUAAAUUUGAUUUCAUUCUCAUUUUUCAUCAUGAUCUAAAGCUAAAUGAAUUCUCGUGCACCAUCAAUGCUUCACUUGAUUUAUUUAAUGCUGAAACAGUUUGUACAAUUGAACAAAGAUUACAGACAAUGUUACAUCAACAAUUCACAUCUUUCGACUGUACAACAGACAAAUCCAUCUAUGAAUUAUCAUUAGCAUUAUCAAAUGAACAAUAUCUAAUGCAAUCAGUGAAUAACACACAAGUAGCAUUUUCAUCUCUUCCCACUUGUAUUCAUCAUGGAUUUGUGUACCAAGUAAUGAAACACCCACAAAAACUGGCUGUGGAACUAGAUGAACAAUCAUUGACAUAUAGUGAACUUCUCUAUUAUGUUCAAGUAUUAUCUUUAACUCUUCUCAAUGAAUAUCAUGUGCUGCUAGGUGAAAUAGUUUGUCAAUGUGUUGAGCGAAGUCUGUCCAUGGUGAUAGGUAUUAUGGCAAUUGAGAUGGCUGGUGGUGUCUAUUGUCCAUUAUCACCUCGAGAUCCACAACAUCGUUUAUAUGCACUCAUACAACAGACACAAAGUCGUCUUGUACUUGUUCAUCAUUUAACUACAAUGAAAUUCGAUCAUAAUAUUGUUUCACUUGAUAUUGAUUCAGUUUUGACUAAUAUUCAGACGGACAGUAUAGUUCAUGUAGAUCGCCUCUCAAAUGUCCCAGUAAUACCUGAUAACAUAGCUUACAUCAUCUUCACAAGUGGAUCGACAGGAACACCGAAACCGGCUCAACUUCGACAUAGAAAUUUUACUCAAUCAAUACAGUCUUUGGUACAUGUUGAUAUAUUUAACAAAAACCAUACCAUUAUACAAAUGGCGCGAUGUUCGUUUGAUCUCCAUGUACAGGAAAUCUUAGGAGCAUUAAUAAUAGGAGCGACAGUAAUUAUGUUACAUCCACGAGGCAACGUUGAUUUUGAAUACCUUUCCAUGCUUAUGGAAAAUAAACAAAUUACUUUUCUUUAUACUGUACCCACAUUACUGCAACUCUUUCUUAAUUUUAUCAAAGAUAAUAAAACAACAGAUAUUAUGCAACAUUUGCGAUCUCUCUGUACUGGAGGUGAACGUUGCUCUGUACAGCUUGUUGAAUUAUUAGAAAGCAUUAUAAAUAAUGACUGUUCUAUAUGGAAUUUAUGCGGGCCAGCGGAAACAACUCUUCAAUCUUUAUUUCAUCGAGUAAAUUCACAACUAGAUAAAGAGACUAUUCCACUUGGUAGACCACUACCUAAUUAUUCCUGUAUAAUCAAAGAUAACUUCGGACUGCCUGUCUAUAGCGGUCAAGAAGGAGAGAUGUUGGUAAGAGGAGUAGGCAUCUUUGCUGGUUAUCUUGGACGUGAUGAUUUGACAGCAAAAGCUCUUCUUGAAAUAGAUGGUCAACUAUUUUAUCAAACAGGUGAUCUUGUCAAAAUGGAUGGUAAUGGUCUCCUUCAUUAUCAAGGAAGAAAAGAUCAUCAAAUCAAACUUCAUGGACAAAGAAUUGAACUCGGUGAAAUAGAACGAUGUUUACUUAACAUCUCAUCCAUCUCUGCUUGUGUUGUCAUGAAAUGGAAUGAUGAUUAUUUAGUAGCUUAUGUUCAAUCUUCUUCUCAUAUCAACGAAGAAGAACUACGUCAACAUUGUCAAUCUCAUCUUCCACCACAUAUGAUUCCAUCUUUCUUUAUAAUACUUGAGAAACUACCCUUGAAUCCAAAUGUAUUUAACUUUGAUGCUCAUACACUUUCCAUUGCUCCAUUUCUUCAACAACCAACUAUUUUUCAACAUUCACAAUUACUUCAAACAGCUAUAAUGAAUGAUGUCAAGGCUACACAAUGGCACUCAUUACAUAUAAAUGAAGGUGUUGCCUCUUUUGCUCAAGAACGUAUAUUUCUCGAUGAACAAGUUCGUUUUUCGAGUGAUAUUGCUAUCUAUAACGAACUGUCGACUUUGCAAGUUGUUCAAGGAUCAUUAUCAUUCAAUCGUUUAUUGCAAGCAUUUCGAUAUGUUUUGAAUAAACAUAAAAUAUUACGGACAUCUCUUACAUUUAACAAUGAUGAUGGUGUUUUGAAACAAUCCAUCACAGAUAUACAUAAAACAUUCACAAUAACUAUGAAUCAAACAUUUCAAAAUGAAAAUGAACUUCAAAACAUUAUUUAUCAAACAACGAUUAAUCCUAAUCUCUUCGAUUUAUCAAAUGGUCGUGUUUUUCGUGCUGAAAUUCUGAAACAUCAAAUAUCAUUAAAUAAAAAUGAGAAUAAUAGCAAUGAAUUCAUAACUAACUCUAGUGUUCUCCUCAUUGCUUUUCAUCAUGCAGCAUUUGAUCGAGCAAGUACUUCGAUCUUUUUCAAUGAUCUAUGUUUAGCUUAUAAUACUAAUGUGAUAUCAAUGGAAGAUGAUGAUGAAUCAUUGCAAUAUAUUGAUUAUAGUACACAUGAACGUCUAAUUGAUAUGACAACAUCUCGUCAAUUUUGGUAUUUACAAUUAGAAGAAUACAAUUUAGAAUAUCGAUUAUUAUUACCAGUUGAUCGACAUCGUUUAUCUAAUGAUCAUCGAUCGAGUUCUGCUUCUGUCACUCAAAUCUCUUUUGACAACGAAAUUUCACAAUCAUUUCUUGAUUAUGCUUCUAUACAUAAUGUGACACCAUUUCAGUUAGGUCUGAGUGUAUUAUAUGCUUUUCUUUUCAAGUUAACUCAUGGUGAAACUGACUUAUGUAUCUCUUCUAUUAAUGCUAAUCGAUAUAAAAGUGAAUUGCAGAAUAUAAUGGGAAUGUUUGUUUCGACA